UUUUUUUUACAGAAAUUGUAACAACAACCACAUUAACAAAUUAUUGUCUACAAACCCACUCGCUCGGGUUUUUUGCACUAACCUUAAACUCAGCAUGAUGGAAUCCAAGUCAAACGACAAAACAACAAACUCUUUAUCAGGUAUGAAUACCACCAUGUAUUAUCAAUCACUUUCGUAUGUAUUUCCGACCAUUCAUUCAUUCAAUAAAGUAAGAGGACCCAUUUUGGUUGAAAGAGCAAAGAAAGAAUUUGAGGCUAUUUUGCAUCCUCAGAAGUCUUCAUGUCAUCACAGGGAAACUCAUGGAUUGAAUAGUGACAUUGAUGAGAAUACCUCAUUGGAUGAUGUUAAGGCUCCAAAUGUGUUUGAAAGAGCCAAGGAGGAGUUUCAAGCCCUUGCUCAAGUGUUCCAUCACAACAGUGAGGCUUCAUCUCAUGAUGAUAUAAGGGUUGGAAAUCAAAUAGCAGAGUCAAACCAUAAACAAGAAACCUUAAAAUCCCCAUCAGAAACAAAAGCAAAGAAAGCCAACAUAUUUGUGAGAGCUAAGGAGGAGAUUAAAGCUGUCAUACACCAUGAUAAGUCAAAACACCAUCAUCAUAAAGAAACUCAUGGAAGGAAUGAUGAUAUUAAUGAGAAUACUCCUAUAGAUGAAGUUAAGGGACCAAAUGUGUAUGAAAGAGUAAAAGAAGAAUUCCAAGCUGUUUUCCAAGCAAUACAUCCUAAGAAAGAAAGUUGAGUAGCUGGCCAUUUUUAUUUUUCUUACUUACAAUGGAAUAUUGUUAAAUUCAGUUUUGAUUGGGAUGAGUUUGUACAUUAGAUAAACAUAUGCUUAUAUUUUUUCACUGUAUUCAUAUGGUUUUCUUUUCUUUGAGAAAGAUAUAAAUAACAGAUGUUCUUUGUUACUUA